ACUCAGGAGGCAAAAUAAAGGUUGCAGUGAGCAGAGAUCGGCCACUGUGCUCCAGCCUGGGUAACAGAGCAAGACUCUGUAUCAAAAAUGAUAAUAAUAGAACAGGAUGGAGUGCAGCCAUGCUGGUACGUCAAGGGGAGAGGCAGCUGCCACAAUAGACGUGUUCCUCAUGAUCUGGCGCCACAAGAUCACCAUCUUUUGGGACGCCAAGGAGUCCAGCACAGUGUUCGAGCUGAAGCAUAUUAUUGAGAGCAUCCUCAAACAGCCGACCAACGAGCAGCGGCUGUACAAGGACGACCAGCUCUUGGAUGAUGGCAAGACACUGGGCGAGUGUGGCUUCACCAGUCAAACAGCACAGCCACAGGCCCCAGCCACCAUGGGGCUGGCCUUCUGGGCAGAUGACACCUUUGAGGCCCUGUGCAUCAAACCAUUCUCCAGCCUGCCCGAGCUGCCCGAUACGAUGAAGCCCCAGGACUCGGGAAGCAGUGCCAAUGAACAAGCAGUGCAGUGAGGCCCCCUAAGAGGCCCAUUCCCCCCAGUAAAAGAGAUUUGGGAGU